GGCGGUGACCAAGAAAUAAAAAUCGAGCAAAGAGCCACUUUCUGCCGCGGGAUCCGCCCUGUCGGCCACUCCUCCUGCCUCCAGGCGCUCUGCCUAACCGAGCCGAGGGCGGCGCUGCAGCCCGGGUGGCCCAGACACUACUGGCGCUGCGCGGCCCCCGGGUCCCGGGUGGGGGGAGGCGGGGUGGACCCCGCGGUCACGUGAGCCGGGCCCACUGAGAGCGGGGGCGGCGGGCCCCAGCGCCGGGAGUCUGAGGAGGGGGAAGCGCCCGACGGCCGCCUCCGCCCCUGCAGCUGCAGCCCCGGAUGUCGCUGCAGUAGUCGCGCCCGCGGCUGCAGCAUCAGCACCGCAGAGCCGCUCCCUGAGCCCGCCACCCGGCAGCAUGGCUGCAGCCCCUCCAAGCUGCUGUUUGGUGGCCUUCCCGCCGCGUGCGAAGGACGGUCUGGUGGUAUUUGGGAAAAAUUCCGCUCGGCCCCGGGAUGAAGUGCAAGAGGUCGUGUAUGUCCCGGCUGCCGAUCAUGAACCGGGGAGCAAGGUGGAGUGUACUUACAUCUCCAUCGACCAAGUCCCCAAGACCCAUGCCAUUGUGAUAAGCAGACCCGCCUGGCUUUGGGGGGCAGAAAUGGGAGCCAAUGAACACGGAGUAUGCAUAGCCAACGAAGCCAUCAACGCCAGAGAACCAGCCGCCGAGACGGAAGCCUUGCUGGGGAUGGAUCUGGUCAGGCUUGGUCUGGAAAGAGGGUCAGCAGCCAAGGAAGCCCUCGAUGUCAUCGUCGCCUUGUUGGAAGAGCACGGACAGGGCGGGAAUUAUUAUGAAGACCCGGCCUCCUGCCACAGCUUCCAGAGCGCCUACCUGAUCGUGGACCGCGAGGAGGCCUGGGUGCUCGAGACGGUGGGGAGGUACUGGGCCGCCCAGAGAGUCACAGAGGGAGUCAAGUGCAUUUGCAAUCAGCUUUCGCUCACCACCAAGAUUGACGCAGAGCAUCCUGAGCUCCGGAGUUACGCCCAGAGUCAAGGCUGGUGGACGGGAGAGGACGAGUUCAAUUUUUCUGAAGUUUUUUCUCCAGCUGAUGACCCUCCACACUGCUGUGCAGGCAAAGACAGCUUGGAAAAGCAAGAAGAAAGCAUCACGGUGCAGACUAUGAUUGAUGUCUUACGGGACAAAGCCAGUGGCGUCUGCAUAGACUCCGAGUCCUUCCUCACCACAGCCAGCGCGGUGUCCGUCCUGCCCCAGAGCCGAAGCUCACCGUGCAUCCACUAUUUCACCGGGACCCCAGACCCUUCCAGGUCCAUUUUCAAGCCUUUCAUCUUUGUUGACGAUGUAAAACUCGUCCCCAAAGUACAGUCUCCCUGCUUCGGGGACGAGGACCCUGCCAAAAAGGAGCCUCGGUUCCAGGAGAGACCCGACCGUCGGCACGAACUGUACAAGGCCCACGAGUGGGCACGUGCUGUCAUCGCCAGUGACCAGGAGCAAGGCCGCAAGCUGAAGAAGACCAUGCUGGGCCUGGAGAAGCAAGGCCUGGAGGCGAUGGAAGAGAUCCUGGCCAGCUCGGAGCCCCCGGACCCCGCUGAGGUGGGGGACCUUUUCUAUGACUGUGUGGACACGGAGAUCAAGUUCUUUAAGUGAGUGAAGUAAGCGCCCCCUUCCCCCUUCUUAUUUAAAGUUUCCCACCUUACUAAAUUACCAGCAAAACAAACCGCUCUCCAGUCUGAGUAAAACGAGAAAGUUCUGCUGCGGUCGCCUUGUCCGAAGCCAAACCCAACUGUGAACUCGUGUUCUGCCCGGAAUCUCACAGCGUCCCCUCCGCCCCUCGGUCCCCUUCCUCCGAGGUGUGACAGGCGCCCCGCGCACCUGCUGCUCGGCCGGAGGACUAGUCGUGGGUUUUAGGCUGCUGUCAUUGUGUUCCGGUGACAAUGGGCCCAUUAGCCUUCUCGGGGGAGGAUGAGGGUUCCUCGGGCCUUGAGAGGCCGGCCCCGCCAUGCUGAGUGCGUGGGAAAGCAGAAUCUUUUGAAGUCUUACUCCUCCUCUCAGUAACCGUUUCUUUCAUGUUAACAAGAGGCGCUUCUUUGUCUGGCCCAGGGGCUUGUGUGUGUUCGAGGGAGCGGCUUCCUGGCCCCCCUCCACGGGAGUGCCGGUCCCUAGUGCAGAAUGUCUCUAGAUGUGUCUUUCGAGGGGCACGGCCGGUGGGGGCAGGGGGUCCCGUCCAGUCCCAGCGGUCCUCCAGAAUCCGUCUCGUGUGCCGUGGACGCCCAGACCGCUUCCACGUGCGGGAGAGCCGGUCCUCCGUGCCCGCCGGAACCGGCCCACUCUAGACUGUCAGGAGCAGCCCGGCCCGUGACCACCCUGAGUGGGUCACCCAAAGGCACGGGGCUCGCCCUGCUGCGAGCACGCCCGCCACGUGGGUGAGGCCUCCUGUAGAAAUGGGUCUGGGCCUGCUUACUGCCGUCUAGUUUAGGAUUAAUUAAAUGCCCCUGCGGUGUAGUUCCACCUCCCAAAGCCACGGAGCUCUCAGUGAAUGAGGAAAAGGGAAGGAGAGACUUCUGAGUGUUUCGGGUCUCGUUCAAGUAGCUGGAACCUUUGCAGCCGCAGCAUUAUCUCAGCAGAGACUUUAAUUAAACCGACUGGGGUCCCAUGUUGUGUGUGCAUGAAGGAUUUGACUCACCACCGAGCACGGAGGAGCGUGUGAGGGAGGCCAGAUGGGCUCAGCGCUGGGGACCCAGAGGGCGCGAAGGUGACAGAUGGAUGUAGAAGCAUUUCACUCCAGGGUGACAGUCCAGCCCCCGCCCUUCCCGCCCAGCCUGUUAUGUCCCAGAAAUCUGCAUGGGGAGCACCUGGCUUUCCCUGGUCCUUCCCUUUACCUCCCCCCCCCCCCCCCCACACACCGCAUGCUCCAGUGGCUGCCCUCAGAGGGUGGCCGAAUUGGGCAGGUGGUGGGGGGCGGGCUUACCUCCAGCUACUGAGACUCUCAGCCACUCUUGGAAUUUAAAGGGGCAGAGACGAUUAAGGGAAGAGUGUGUUAACACACCAGCGAGUGGGAGGUGGCAGCUUCACCACUCCCAGUGACUCCUGCUCAGAAGCACUGUAUCAGAGCCCAUGGGACCUGGAAGGGACAUGGGUCCCACACGCAGAUGCGGACCCUGAGGGUCACGGGUUGUAUCAGAACAAACCUUUUUUCCUGCCAACUCCCUUGCAAGAGUGUAGGCAUGAGCGCACCCAGAGCUUGCUGGAACCAGGAGCUUGCUGCCCGGGGCAGUCCCGUUAGUUCUGUCUGGAAAAUGACCGACUGCCAGUGGUGAGGGCCAGGAAGGUUGUCUGAGCUGACAAAGGUCACAGCAGCCACUCGGGGGGGCCUAUAGUCGCUGAGACUCUCAUCCCGGUUUGGCUUUCGCUGUGGAUGAACUUAGGGUCCCCUCCCGUGGGGAGCCAUCAUUCUGAGUGUCUGUCCGCCAGGGGAAGGGUGGCGUUCCAGAAUGAGGUAGGCGCCUCAUCCCCUCCUAGGCCCAGCUCCAGAGUGGCUGUCUAAAACGAGAGGAUGCAGAAAGCCACUCUAAAUGUCACAGUGAGCUGUCACCUCCCCCUGCUACGGAAACAUUUUAUCGGACCUGACAUGUCUGUGAUACCCGAGGUGAUCAGGGGUUUGACCAGGAGGAAUCCAGGGAGAAUGGAUUACACGGAGGCCUGCUCUUAUUAUUAUGGGCCCAAGGUCACGGGGAACCCAGCCAACCUGAUUGUGCGGUGAGAAACACAGCGGCUGCUUCUGUGAGGGGGCGUGGACCUUAGCCCGGCACUUCCCAGGAGGGCCAAGGCUAACUGGGAGUCGUCUGGGCUAAAGCCGAACGUCACAAUUGUGAUGCCCCCGUGUUACCACUAGAGGGCACAGCAGCCUGGCCCAAGUUAAACAAGGCUGGGAUGCUUCCAUCCGCCAGAGAGGUGGUGUGUAUGUAUGUACAGGCAAACCAAGCAAUAGCAGUGGACAGGUUCUUUGUACGUUGGGAAGGACAAGCAGAGAGCAGAGAAUCUGCUGAUGCAGCCGCAGUCACUUCCAGUGACUUUUGUCGACUUCCAUCAGCAGCUUGAAGUACGCUGUCGGAUUAGAGCAGGCUGUCGUGGGGGGAAUGUUUGUUUGUAAAUGCUCCGGACAGACUCUGCUUCUGAGAAAUGCGUAUCGUGACGUGGACACUUUCUUGACCAGGGAUUGCUUUUCUAAAGGCAAUAUGGAGAAAGUGAAUAUUCAAGAUGAACUAUGAAAAAAACGUUUAAAGGUCAGCGUGUAAAUAGCGUCCUGGAAUGCCGUGUGUGUGCCCAUCAAGACCUGGGGGGAGGUGGUGGUGCCAUGCAAGCUUUGCGCAGGAGGAAGACAUGGCCGUGAAGGACAGACCGUCUCCCCCACCCCCCCACCCCAUAACCAGGCCUAGGCUAGUGGGUCUCGUCUAGUAGAAGGGGUUUACCAUAGAGGAUGCCAGCCCCUGGCCCUUAAGGGACCGGGUGGGGCGAAGGCCCCAGGAAACGUGCAUUAACUAAGCAGAGGUAGCGUGCUCUGUCAUGCUUGGAGCUGGUGUGGAACUUUAGGUAGAGGAGGGGGUCCUUGCAAUUACGGUGGUUCUUUAGUGCCCAGUAACAUAAGGCCCAGUGUUAUUGUUAGAAAGUCUUUCUUCCAGGCUACGCUGCCCAUUAGAUAUUAGCAGUGAGGUUCCUUUGCUACUGGGUGAAUUGUUCGGCGUAAAAACAUAAUCGUCCACCAGGCAAACUACUUUGCUCCCUCGCUGAUGUCAUCCCAGGUGUGACAUCCCAGUGGCACAGGUGUGACACAGCUGUGCCUGGCCCAGCAGGGAAGCCAGGCAGGACCGGUGCGCUUGUUAUGAAGCCACCACCUGCAGUCAUUUGUGGGGAAGGUCUUCCGCCGAGCUCUCAGCUGUGGGGAGGCUGUGUAUGGAGGGAAGGGGGAGGGGAACCCGCCAGCUGGCCGUCCUCGUAGAAAGGGGGCGGCGGCAGGUCCCAGGCACACGCUGUCCCAGGACGCCCUCCCUGCAGCUGUGGCGUUUCAUCCCACCGGGCCCUGGGUCCCGGCUCCCCUCCUGUGUUUGUGUCGAAUGUGCUUUCAUCUGAUUGACUUCGAGCAUCCCAAAAUGUCGCGUGCAGAGUUCUCGGGGGGAAUGAGAAUGCACAUGUCUGCGACCAUGUUGUGAGACGUCAGGCCUGUGAGCUGGGAAACGCGACGGGCGGGGGUAACGCAAAGGAAAGUGUGUGUUUCCUUCCGUGGGGACUGACCGAGUAGACGCCACAGCCUUUUUUGUACAAGUGUCCAAAACCAGAGAACUUCCCCAUCCAGUGCUUGCCCUUGGACUUGUCUCUCAGUACAUCACGCUUACAAUAAAAAAAAUAUGGAAAUGAA